AUGAGUUUGUUUGGAAAAAUAUUUGGUGAAAAGAAUAAAAAGCCGGAAAUGACAACACCUGAAGCUCUUCAGAAAAUUGCUAAUAUGGAAGAAAUGUUAAUUAAGAAACAAGAAUUUUUGGGCAAAAAAAUUGAAGAGUCUAUCGCGACUGCAAAGAAGCAUGCCACCACUAAUAAACGGGCGGCUCUGAAGGCUCUUAAGGAGAAGAAAUUUCAUGAGAAAAAGCUGGAAGAAAUUGAGGGUAUCUUAAAUACGAUCCAUCAUCAAAAAAGCUCUUUGGAGAAUGCAUCUUUGCAUUCCGAAGUUUUUGGUGUCUUGACAUCUACUUCUGCAGCUUUGAAGAACAUAAAUAAAGGAAUGGAUGUUCACGAUAUUAUGGAGGAUAUUGCAGAGAGUCAGGAAGUAACUAAUGAAAUUACUCAAGCAAUUUCCAAUCCGGCCGGACUACAAAAUGAUAUAGAUGACGACGAGCUGCUCAAGGAACUUGAGGAUAUACAAGAGGAGGAGAUCAAUGAAAAACUUCUUGAUGUUGGUACAAUCCCUGCUAGUAGUGUGACCGAUAAACUUCCAGAUGCGCCAAAAGACAAACCGAAAGCAAAGGCUAAGACUAAAGAGGACGAUGAUAUGGCUGAGUUGGAGGCGUGGGCAAGUUCUUAA